CGUCUGCCUCCUCUUUGCCUCCAGCACCCGCAUCAGCUACUCCAGGCACAGGCUAGCACUACUGUCUGCGGCACAUAUAAGCCUGCUUGACGCAGUGCAGCCCAACCCCGCGCUCUUCUGUCUUCCCACCGAUCGUUCAGGCGCUACAUCCCGUCUAGUGACAACAGACCGUCUCUCAGCCAUCAUGGUCUUUGGAUUUUGGUCCCAACCUGCAGGAAAGACGAAGGAGCCCGCUACUGAGGGUAAGCUGCCGUCAGAGCCCACCAAACCGUCUGCAGAGGCGGCGCAACCUGCGCGUGAGCUCAAGCCUGCUGGCGAGGCUGCAACACCCGCAACCUCGGGCAACGGAGCAGAGGUCCCUACGCAGGAGGAGGAGCCCGUACCUUCUGCCGGAGAACAGAGCUCAGCACCUGCUGACCCCGAGCCCCGCCCCCCAUCGCAGAAGCGCUUCUCUUGGCGUAUUCUUGUCCAGCCCAAGAACACCCAAGAUCGUAAGCAUACACUUCCCCCAGCACGCGAGGAGGCCGAGAAGGAGGCGAGGGCUCGCCAGGAGUACGUUGAACGCAAGAUGGUCCGCACCCGCUCCGAGAGGAGGGCGCGCGACUCCGCGCUGGUCGUGCGGGAGCUCAUCGUUGGCCCUUUCUCCGUCCCAUCCGCUGCCCUUCCGAAGAGCUCGAAGGUUGCAGUGACGGCGGCCUCGAACCAGAAGGUGCACAAGGUGAAGGCACAGUUGUUGGAGCCGAAGCAGGCGAACAAGGUUAUCGCACAGCUGCGCCAGCUCCCAAGCUCGGACGUGCCCGUCGUCGUGGGUAAGACGAGCGCCGGCGAAGACAUCAAGGCUCUGUCGAAGGGGCCUAUCCAUGCGGUCUGCCUGCCGAUGACCGACUCCGAGGCGGACGUACGGCACUUCGCGAAGUUGGAUAAGGUGGAGGUGGCCGCCCCGUCACCCUCAGCUUCGGGGAAACCGUCGCCGAAAGGUUCCCCGCCUACCGUGGCGCGCAACUUGGACUUGACAGAGGCUGUCAGCGGUAUCACGAGCGUGACGGCCACAUCGCUGGCGAAACUGACCAGCGUGUUCAAGGACGUCGAUGUCGUCAGUCUUCUAACGGUGCCGAACUGGGGCCUUGGGCAGCCUGGAGACCAGCCGGGCAUCUUGAGCGGCGCUGUUCCUUCCGCCAAGGCGGUCAUCGAGGGUGUCGAGGAGAUUACGCCGCAACUGAUGGCUUUGGGGUAUGCGACGGGCAAGUCUAUUCUCCCCUCGCAUGAUGGCGUCUUCCCGCCCACGGAUCGCAUGUCCGUCCUCACUUACUGGUGGGGUCUUGAGCUCGUCGUUCCCGAGCCCUCCGUGAAGUUCCUCAGUAAUGCCCCAUCUGUCGCGCACACCGUCGUCAACUUCCUCACCGCGCUCUCGGUGGGCAACGGCGGCGUGGCCGAGAUCCUCCCCUUCGUUCGCUACUUCUCCACCUACAUCGACAUGGAGUUCAACCAGAUCCGCUCCCAGGACAAGGGCAAGGGCGUCGUCUGCGCCGCAACGUGGAUCAUGCCCGCCGCGCUCGUACCCCGCCCGUGGGACUUUCCCGAACCUCCCGUCAACCCCUCUCCUCCCCCCUCAGCACCCUCAGCGCCGGCGCCAGGAGCGGGCGCAGUCGUGCCCACGCCCUCGCUCCCGACUCACGAUAGUGCGCCCGUGCUCGUCGCGCCCCUUGGAGCCGCGGCGAUCACGUCUGAGAGUGUGCCGGGAAACCAGGAGCAGGGUGUGCCCGGGGUGACGGUGACCCCGCCCACGCCUCCUGCCUCCGAGUCGCUGAUCAAGUCAGUGGGAGCCGCUGCGGCAGGACUCUCUGAGGAGGCCGCGGACAAGGUGGACGAGAACGGGAUCGCUGCCGUCGGCGAGGCUGGGGCGAAGCCCGGGGUGAUGAACGGCGUUCCUGUCGCCGCGGUGUCGGCCUGAGCGUGGACGGCUGUGCGUUGCUAUACCGUCUUUGCGCUCGUUUUGCAUUCUAUCUUGUUGGACUAUGAGGGACUCUUACAGCUGUAUGUUUUUGGCGUUUCGCAGUCCAUACCCUGGCGUUGUUCUCCGCUAUCGUUAUACCUCACCCGUCUUGUGGAAUCUCAUCACGACCAGUAAUGACCUUCAUUGGUGUCUCACGUUCCUUCUUUCUUGCGAUACCCUUCCUUACGUUUAGUCAUAGCAGGAUCCUGUAUGUAUCGCAGUCGCGCAAUACACGUUUAGU